UCGAGCUGGCCCAAAAGAAAUCUUACAGAAUGCAUUUCCCAUACAACAUGAAAACACGAGGAAUUAAAGUUAUGGAUUUAAUACAUUUUGGUUUUAGGAGCUUCGUUGUCCUUGCAUGUUCCAAUUACGCCACGAUUGCAGAAGAAGGUUCAACCUGUAACCGAAUUCAAGAAGACAUCAGGUUACUCGAUCUCCAAUUUUCCUGUUGGGGGGCCCCGUGCAGCAGUCAGCAGAAUGAAGGCUACUGGCUCGGGAUUCACGCGUCCUUGAGAAAUUCACAUCACUUCCUGGAGAGAAAAAUUUCCACAACAGAAUCCGUCGGUGCUAUAAACCAUAUUUGGGCCAGUUUUAUCAACAUGUCAACUCAUGGACGUUUGUCAACUGUAAAUGAAAACAUUGAAAAGUUAGAAAUACCGAAAUAUGCCAAGAAACUUCAUCACGAGAAGCCCGACCAGUCCAUGAUUCCCAUGAUAUGUCACCCAAAGGAAUUUCUCUAUUGUGACAAUAGCUUACAUUCCGGUCAUCGAGAAUCUGGCAAGUGCAGGUGUAAUUUAUUGUACUCUGAGCCUCUCGUGAGGGACGGAAGUGGGGAUGAAAUUUGUAUUGGACGGCCUAACACUCCGUGUGGAUUUGAAUUAGUGGAUAGCUUUCCGGACGAGGAAGACCUGCUUGGACAACCUGCAGUGAAUCCCAUCGGUCUUCGAGAUGGUACACAUGCCCCUUGCAUAAAGGACGCAACUUGUCUCCCGUUUAAAGAUAGAAAGGAGCGAGAUUUGUUUCGACAAGGGACGAUCUGGCACGGGUUUGGUCAUAGUCCAAUUGCUGUGGAAAUGAUUCAAAGGUCCGCUACCAGGAUCUGUAAAUGCAAACAAGGAUUUGCUGAGAACGUGAUGCAUGACUGUGUUCCGAUAUCAGCAGUAAUUACGGAGGCUCGUUGAAAUACUAAAUAUAAAUAACGUUUGCAUAUUAAACUCCGUUUCAUUUCUGGUGAUAUCAGCGGGAAAGUCAUGUGCCCAUGUUAAGUAAAUGGGCACAUGACUUUCCCGCUGAUAUCACCAGAAAUGAAACAGAGUUUACAUUCUCUCAAAUUUUUCUAACUUUUUACGUUUUUAAGUCGCUGCAUGUCCAGUGAAUUUGCUUUUCGAAAUAGAAACUUAUAUUUUAUCCAAUUUUAUUAUGCACACGAAAUAUGCAUAAUAAACAUAUUGUA